AGUUCUGGACCAAUGAGAGGCCUGACAGGCGGCGCUGGACCAAUGAGCGGCCGUGAGAGACUAUUCCGCUGCUGAACCCUUCCGUCCAAUGCAGUAGCUCUCAUUUUGGCGGCUGAGAAGAAAACAUGGCGGAAAAUUUGAACGAUUGCAGGGUGCCCUGCAAGAUGUCCUGGAGUGAACUAGAAGCCUUGUGUCGCAUAGAGAGGCUGCGCAGUGAUCAGCUUGGAGUAAACAGAGCCAACGUGAAUGAGUAUGAAGUGGAGUUUCUCUGUGACUACAAGAAGACUAAGGAAGAGGAGUUCUACCUAGUAAAGUGGAAGGGCUUUCCAGAAUCGGAUAACUCCUGGGAACCCAAGAGGAACCUCAGAUGCCCUAAACUGAUGAAACAGUUCCACCUCGACCUGGACCGGGAGUUGAGGCGCCACAAGAGACGCUGCAUCCCUAAAAAGCUAGAUAAGGAAGUUGCCUCUUUUCUGCUCCAGAAAGCCAAAGUCCGGCAGAGUCUGCAGCGCUGGGAGGCUCAUUUGAAUCAAACUCGCAAUCACCCAGGCCGCAUUUUUGUCAUGAAUGACGUGGACCUAGAGGGCCCUCCAAAAAACUUCACCUACAUUAACAACUACAAAGUAGGCCAGGGCAUUGUGUUAAAUGAGAUGGCUGUGGGAUGUGAGUGUAAGAACUGUUUAGAAGAGCCAGUGAAUGGCUGUUGCCCUGGGGCCUCCCUGCACCGCAUGGCCUAUAAUGACAGGGGACAGGUCCGUAUCCGGCCAGGAAAGCCUAUAUAUGAGUGCAACUCCCGAUGCAGCUGUGGGCCCGACUGUCCCAACAGAGUGGUGCAAAAAGGCAUCCAGUUCAACCUGUGCAUCUUUAAGACAGAGGAUGGCCGGGGAUGGGGUGUCCGCACUCUGCAGCAUAUCAAGAAGAACACAUUUGUCAUGGAGUAUAUUGGAGAGAUCAUCACAACAGAUGAGGCAGAGAGGAGGGGUCAUGUGUACGACCGCCAAGGCUCUACAUACCUGUUUGACCUGGACUAUGUGGAGGAUGUGUAUACGGUGGAUGCAGCUCACCAGGGAAACAUCUCUCACUUUGUCAACCACAGUUGUAAUCCCAACCUCCAGGUGUUCAAUGUUUUCAUCGACAACAUUGAUGAGAGGCUUCCAAGAAUUGCUUUAUUUUCAACACGGGCUAUUCGAGCAGGAGAAGAGCUCACUUUUGACUACAAGAUGCAAAUUGAUCCAGUUGACACAGAAAGUACAAAAAUGGACUCUAGUUUCAGUCUUGCGGGGCUCCCCAGCUCUCCCAAGAAGAGGAUUCGAGUGGAGUGUCGUUGUGGAUCAGACUUGUGUCGAAAAUAUCUGUUUUGACACGGGUCUCUGAGAACACAAGACUUGUCUUUGUAAAGAUGUGGGAGAAUUGUACAGAUUUUAUAUAUAUAUAUAUUUUUGUGUUUAUGAAAGUGGAGACUCACCAUCUACAUUUUUAAUGUGAACAUGACUCUUCCUAGAUUGAAACCAAUGUGUUUUUUUUUUUUGUAAUUUAAAAUUUUUUUUGAGAGAGAACUAAAAACUGCAUCUCAUUAUAUGAAUACUUGAUUGCAGUGACUUUAGACAUUUUCUCCGUCCCACUUAAAAUUGCAGGCAAUACAAAAAUAAAUUAGUGAUUUAACAUGUAUAUUUAGCCAUCCUCACAGGGUGCAUUUCAUCAAGUACAAGAGCGCUCUAAAAUGUACAAGUACAUGUCAGACAUUCUGGUUUAUUAUAGCUUGGGUCUUAAUUUUCAAUUCUACCAGUCACAGUACUUUGAAGAGCAAAUAAAGAAACACAAGCAGUCAGAUUGUCAGGAAACAAACCUAAGUUAGCCAGUCUGCUAACUAUAUUUUGAGCUCCCUUUGUAGACCUAAUAGUUUGCAACAGUUUAUUCAUUUAUUUUGUAGCAUCUCGUACUAUUCUGUCAAAAGGAUGGCCAAAAGAACAAAAAUUCUAAAUAACUUGUCAUGAACUGGAAUUAGAUUUUAAAUGGCCACAGUUUUGAUUAUACACUUUACUGUGACAUUGUUGUCUUGAAAUUUUGCACUGAGCUCAGAGGAAAGUUUGUCAUUCUUAAAUGGUUCUCCUUUGUAUUUUGUCAUGAAAGGCUCUCAACAAUAGUCACCACAAUCUACUAAGCUGAAAAGCAACCAUAGUGAAAGUGCAGUAGUUUAGUUUUGCUCAAACAAAUCUGACAAGCUUUUAUUUUGGUAUUGCAGUUUAUAGGCCCCAUUUGGUGUUAUCCUCUGUCAUGUUCCUGCUGUCCGGACUCAUUUGUCCUUUUGGCAGACACAUUCAUCCUCUCUGCGCAGGGCUUAACUGUCCAACAUUAAAAAGGAUUUUUUUGUUGUUUUUCUGAGAGAUUUAACAUUUUGUAGUUUAAUAUGUAAAUUAUAGUGCAUUUUGUUACUUGUUACCUUCAGUGUCAGUUCAGUUUUCAUUAUGUUCCAGGUGUUCUGUUUAGUGCAUGGAGGUUUCGAUCACCUGUAUGCUUCAAAAGAUCUUUUUUUAUGCAGUGUGGCAAGUCAAAGUGUCUUUGACUGUUCUGUUCUGCUUGCAUCCCACUGCCCUUCUUAUCUUUUCUCAUGAACUCUGUUUCUUUUGUACAUAUUUGUAGUCUUGAUGAGAUGAAAUGUGUAAUGGAGCGGAAUAUCAUAGUCUCUGCUGGUGUUAGGUGUCUUGGUUUAUCCCUAAUCGAUCAGGUAAAAUGAUAGAUGUUUGAAUAGAAGGUGUGAUUGUUGUAUUCUCUAUUUUCACAUGUCCACAUUAUCUCCAGUAAUCCUUACCAACUCCACCACAGUGUGCCAUCAGAAAAGGUUCUUCAGAUAAUGUGAAAAGGACUUUCUCUAAAGCACAGUGUGACUUAUGACUAGUUUUCAACAUGUUGCAUGUAAUGUGCAUCUUCCCAGGAUGUGACUUAUAAGAUGAACUUAAACCUGCAGACAUACUGCAGGGAGCGAAUGAUCCUCACCUUAGCCAACUCUGCUGCUCAGUCAUUUUGUGUGUUUUGUGUAUGCAUACUACAUAUGUGCUCUGUCCUUUUUUAUCUUUUUCAAUGGCAAUAAAGGGGGAGGAAAUUUAGGCCAUUCGAAAGGUCAA